GCCCUCCCGGGGCCCUCGUGACGACUCCGCCUCUCCCACAGAUUGUGGCCGUCGGAAGCUGCCUGUGGAUCGCAUCGUGGGAGGCCAAGACACCAGCCUGGGCAGGUGGCCGUGGCAAGUCAGUCUUCGCUACGAUGGAGCUCACCUCUGUGGAGGGUCCCUGCUCUCUGGAGACUGGGUGCUGACAGCUGCCCACUGCUUCCCCGAGCGGAACCGGGUCCUGUCCCGAUGGCGGGUGUUUGCCGGAGCUGUGGCCCAGGCCUCCCCCCAUGGCCUGCAGCUGGGGGUGCAGGCAGUGGUGUACCACGGGGGCUACCUCCCCUUUCGAGACCCCAACAGCGAGGAAAACAGCAAUGACAUCGCCCUGGUCCACCUGUCCAGCCCCCUGCCCCUCACGGAAUACAUCCAGCCCGUGUGCCUCCCGGCUGCUGGCCAGGCCCUGGUGGAUGGCAAGAUCUGUACCGUAACCGGCUGGGGCAACACACAGUACUACGGCCAACAGGCUGGGGUACUCCAGGAGGCCCGAGUCCCCAUAAUCAGCAACGAUGUCUGCAACGGCCCCGAUUUCUACGCGAACCAGAUCAAGCCCAAGAUGUUCUGUGCCGGUUACCCUGAGGGUGGCAUCGACGCCUGCCAGGGUGACAGCGGUGGCCCCUUCGUGUGUGAGGAUAGCAUCUCUCGGACGCCACGUUGGCGGCUGUGUGGCAUCGUGAGCUGGGGCACCGGCUGUGCCCUGGCCCAGAAGCCAGGUGUCUACACCAAAGUCAGUGACUUCCGAGAGUGGAUCUUCCAGGCCAUAAAGACUCACUCCGAAGCCAGCGGCAUGGUGACCCAGCUCUGACCUGCGGCUUCUCCUUGAUGUGCACGCCUCCAGGGCCCAAGUUCGCCUAGGUGGCUCCAGCCCCACCUGGUGGGGUUCACCCUGGGCCUGGAAUGGGACAUUUUUCUUCUUGGGCUGAGCCCACAGGUCCAAGGGUACCCUCCCUC